CGACAACAGCCGCCAACAUGUCCAACUCGCUGAACAAGAUCGCCCCCAACAGCCCUUCGAGGCAGAACCCCUCGGAGAUCGAGACCAGCAUCGCCAACGCGUUGACUGACCUCGAGAACAAUGUCCCCGACCUGAAGAGCUCUCUGCGCCCUCUGCAGUUCGUCUCUGCCCGCGAGAUCGAGGUUGGCCACGGCCGCAAGGCGAUUGUCAUUUUUGUCCCGGUUCCCCUUCUCCAGGGCUGGCACAAGGCUCAGCAGCGCCUCACACGUGAGCUCGAGAAGAAAUUCUCCGACCGCCACGUCCUGAUCGUUGCUUCUCGCCGCAUUCUUCCCCGUCCCAAGCGCUCCAACAGGUCGCGCACCUCGCAGACCCAGAAGCGUCCCCGUUCGCGAACCCUGACCGCUGUCCACGACGCCAUUCUGACCGACCUCGUCUACCCUGUCGAGAUUGUUGGCAAGCGUCUCCGUACCCGCGAGGACGGCAGCAAGGUCCUGAAGGUCGUUCUGGACGAGAAGGAGCGUGGUGGCGUUGACUACAGGCUCGACACCUACACCGAGGUCUACAAGCGCCUCACUGGCAAGGGCGUCAACUUCGAGUUCCCCCAGAGCGCUGCUACCGACUACUAGACGGCUGCUGGGUUAGGAUCUUCCUUGGUUCGGGAGUUCGGCUUCGGAUAUGCUUCGUGUACCUGGCAUCAAAAUGGAAUGACAUGAUAUGAGCCUACGAUGGGCACCAAGAUACCACCUGCAAUUGACUUUUCUACUGUG